UAUCCAACCGUCCUUUAUAUCAAUUUACACGAAUGCCUUUCAGACUAACUAAUGCUCUGCAAACACUUUGUAGAAAUUUAUUAAAAUGGCUUCACGCAGUAAUCUCGGAGAACUAAAAUUAGUGUAAAUCAAAAGUUUGUGUGACAAAUUUGGUUUAACCACAAAAAUGAAGAAGAAGAUGACGACGUGUUCGGCAACGAACCUUAAAUUUUCGAGACAGUUGAUCGUGAUGGCGUUCAACCAAUGGCGAUUCAACCUUCGGCGUUCAACGUAAUCCAGGUGGCAACGCUGCGGGAAUGGAACAGGCGAUGCACAAUUUACGUUUCGAGAAUGUUGACCGCCCUUUCAAGCCAGAGAUGAACUUAAAAACCGUCAAAGAGCUACUCCCAGAAUACAACGGAGAUGGCAACAUAAACGAAUGGUUGAUGGUGGUUAAAAACGUUUGUGAUGUGUUCAAAGUUAGUGAUGACGUCAUGCGUCCAUUAAUUUGCUCACGCUUGAAGGGCAAGGCUAAUUUUUGGCUGUUAUCUCGCCCAUCACUGUUGGCUGGAAGUAUUGACCUAAUUCUGGCACAACUAAAAAUUUCGGAACCAAGGAUAACGUCUUGAAUAUGCGACGCAAGUUUGAAAACCGCAAGUAGCAGUUCGGCGAGAAGUUUGCUAUCUACUAUUUUGACAAGCUUACCCUGCACAAAACAUCGCUAUGAGUGUUCACGAACUAGUGCAGUACUUGAUAGAUGGCAUGCAAAAUGUACAACUUUAAAAUCAAGCGAAACUACUACGAUUUGCAGAGCCUGCUGAUGUGUUGGAAGCCUUUCAAGAUGUAGAGAAACCCAGAGCUCCGGUACAACAAAAUAGGAUGCAAGGAACGUCUUCAUCAAACGCUGCGACCUCGGAACAGAGGGUCAAAUGUUUUAACUGCCAUAGUCUUGGUCAUCUGGCUAAGGACUGCCGUAAGCCUGUACGGGCUGUAGGAGCUUGCUAUGCCUGUGGAGUAGUUCGACACGUGGCUGGAGAGUGUUCAUUGUACAAGAAGAGAGAACAUAGCAACAAAUAUAGUGCCUCAUAGAUCCGUUUCAUUUCAAAAGAAGUCCGUAGUUCCCGUAACGUAAUCAUUGAAGAGAACAAGUUGAAUAAUACCU